CCCACCCAUCCGUCCGCCCCUCCUCCCCUCCCCUCCCCUCCCCACGGCCGCCUCCACCGCGCCACAAAUCCUGGCGACCCACCCCGCCUCGGAAACCACCACCUCCGCCGCGCCUCCGAAUCCCAUCCGUGUCCGCGCCGGCUCCGUCUCCGUCUCCGUGUCCGUGUCGUGGGCGGUGAGCCGGUGACGACCCGUACCCUGCCCCGAGUCGGGGAGGGGCGGCCGAGGCUUUUUAUCCUUCCCGCCCCAUAUGGGCCGGUCGCCAGCUAUAUAUUACUACCAGCUCGUCGACCGGCGGAAGGGCAUCGGCUCGCGUUGGCGUGAGCUCUCCAGAUCUGCCGCGGACGCUCGCCUCGUGUAGAUCCCGACCGGAUCUCGGCGCGGCGUCGGGGUUGGCCCAGUGGGUUCUCUCCUCUCCUCCCCGGGCGUCUCUCCGUCCGUAGCUAGCGCGUGCGCGGGUGGCCUGGAGAGCCAGCCAGGGUUUGGGUAAAUCUUAUUGGAAGAGUUUUCCUGUACAUGUAAUUUCUGUUAAAAGAUGACUUCACUGAAUAAAGUUGUUCCAAAUAACGGUGAUGCAAGGUCAAUGUUACCAAAUAAAGUCACUUCAUUAAAUCCCAAUGCAGCAGAGUUUGUCCCUUCAUGUGUUAUUAGACCAUCCUAUGGUAAUAGCACAGCUUCAGAUGCAAGUAAGUCUGAACUUAGGGGGUCCCCUGGAAAAAAAAUUCUAGAUAGGUCUGAGUCGUCCAAGUCUAAUAACUCAGACGAUGAGGCACACCAGUUCUGGCGUAAGCAGCUCCCAGAUGAUAUUAUUCCAGACUUCACUUCUUUCGAGAAAAUCGAACAUGAACCUGAAGAACUGUCCCUUGCUGGAUUAUCCUUGAAUGCACCUCCGUUCUAUGGGACAAAAGCUAGCCGCUUGUCAAGAGAACACCAAGAGUUGUCUUCUUCAGCUAGCAACCUGGAACUUGGGCAUACCAAUUUAUUUUACGAGGAUAAUUCACAGGCAACCUUUUCAACUGUUGGUUCAAGCAACUGGGAGCAAAAUUACGUGGGUGACCUCCACUUUGCUAAUGAAAAUCAGGACCUUCAGUAUGAUCCUACCACGGGCUUUACUGAGAGUUUUGCUUGUGAGUACGUUGCAGCAUCAGAUGGCCUUUUUGACCCCCUAGAGUAUUUAGCGUCUCAGUUUCCUGGAUUUUCAGCAGAGAGUCUUGCGGAGCUGUACUAUGCAAAUGGAUGUGACUUCAAUCAUACUAUUGAAAUUCUCACCCAGCUAGAGAUGCAAGUGGAUCCUACUUCCAAUCAGACAAUGAAUUUGACCCCCAGCUCACCAAACUUUAGUACGGGGGACUUUCCUGCCCUGCCAACAGCAGAAGAUCAAAACGGUUUCUCCAAGGGAGAUAUGGAUAUCCUUGGCUUCUUCAGUGGGCGCAAUUCUUCCACCAUAUCUAGUGGCACUGGUGAUUUUGUUUCAGCUGUUCGGAAACUUGCAUCACAGAAUUCUGGCCAUAACAAGUUCAAAAAGGGUCCUGAUUACGGCAAUGGUGUUUCUACCGUUUCUGUACCCAAGCAGUACAGUUUUGGUUCUAAAACAUCUUCUGGGAACAAGUAUCAAAAUGUUAGUAGUGCACGUGCAACUGCAACUCCAUGGCUUGAUACUGGCGACGCAGUCGCAAACAUGUAUUCAGAAUCGAGGGAAGAAGCUCGUGAUUUUGCCCGUGUCCGAAAUGCAUGUUUUGAGCAGGCUAGACAAGCUUACCUAAUUGGCAACAAAGCUCUGGCCAAGGAACUAAGCAUCAAAGGUCAGGCCUAUAACUCGCAAAUGAAAGCAGCUCAUGAGAAAGCUAGAGAAGCUAUUUAUCGACAGAGGAACCCUGGUUCUUUGCAACGGGGGAGUGAUCGUCUGAUUGAUCUACACGGCCUCCACGUGAGCGAAGCAAUCCAUAUCCUGAAGGUCGAGCUCGGCUCCCUGAGGGGCAUGGCGAGGGCUUCAGGCGAAAGGAUGCAAGUCAUGGUAUGCGUCGGAACAGGCCACCACACCAAGGGCUCUCGCACCGCGAGGCUGCCCAUCGCCGUCGAGCAGUUCCUUCUGGACGAAGGGCUCCAUUACACGCAACCUCAGCCCGGCCUGCUUCGUGUCGCCGUGUACUAACAUCAUCUCUUAGGUAAGCACCACAGAGAAAAGCAACCCACAAAAAAAGAGGAGAAAGAGAUGCAGGAGAAAAACUAAAAAGGUGCGCUGUUGGAGCACUCUUAAGUUCUUGGUAGUUGUAUAUUAAAAGGAGCCAGCAGGAGAAUAGCCUGACAAAACAGAAUACAGUGUAAAAUUAUACAUAGAUCCAUUCAAUUCACAUUCCAUUCCCCUUC